GGGAGUCUUUUGCUUGUAAAAACUUCAUUUAUAUGGAUUACUUGGCAAGCCCACAACUUAGUUACUAGCUAGUACUAGCACACUACAUGUAUGGUAAGAUCGAUGUUGUCCAGUCCUGCUGUGCUGGGAGGGUUAUGUGGGAUACUGGGAGCAGCUCUCUACCUCAACACUUUGGACUGUGGUUUAUGCUAUGAUGAUCUGCCAGCAAUCAUUGAAAAUCAAGAUCUGAGACCUAAUCAAUCGUGGUACAAUCUGCUCAGAAAUGAUUUCUGGGGAGUUCCUAUGGCAAGUGGAGAUAGUCACAAGUCGUAUCGUCCUCUGUGUGUGGCCACAUUCCGACUCAACUAUCUGUUGGCCGAGUUGGAGCCCAUGGGCUAUCAUUUGAUCAACAUUCUCCUCCAUGGAGUCGUGUGUUACUUGUACGUUCACUUGGUCAGUCUAGUCUACAGUCAAGUGUGGCCAGCACUGAUAGCAGGACUCCUCUUUGCAGUCCACCCCAUACACACUGAGGCUGUAGCUUCAGUGGUUGGCCGCGCUGAUUGUCUGUCUGGAGUGUUUUUCUUACUGACACUGCUCAGCUACCAUAAAGCUACUAAAGUGGAUGACUUGAGCGUGUGGUUGUUGGUGUCCCUGCUGUGUUGUGUGUGUGCUACUCUGAGCAAGGAGACUGGACUGACAGGACUUGCUCUCUGCUUAGUAUAUGAUCUCUGUGUAGUUAACAAGGUGGACCUUAGUUCGAUCACUAAAGUGCCCAGAUCAUCCCCUCCAGUGAAUGGUCUUGUGCUGAGGACAGUGGUGCUGACUGCAUUUGGUGGAGUAUUUACUCUGGCAAGAUUCAAACUCAAUAAUGGAAUGCCAUCGUUCGGAAUGCAUGACAAUCCUACCCUUUAUCUCCCGUCACCAUGGAGACAACUUAAUUGGUUACAUCUUUGUUUCGUCAAUUCUUGGCUGAUGCUUAAUCCGUUCUCUCUGUCAUGUGACUGGAGGGUGGGGGCUGUCCCUGUUAUCAGUACACUAAUUGAUCCAUGGAACGCUGCUACUAUUCUCACUCUGCUCAUUGUGAUUGGCUUAGGACUGUACAGUUUCAGUGGUCUACUUGAUAACGGCAGUACCGUGUUGUUUGGUCUGAGUCUGUUGGUGUUCCCGUACGUGCCAGCCUCCAACCUGUUCUUCCCUGUUGGGUUUGUUGUAGCAGAGAGAGUACUCUACCUGCCCAGCAUGGGACUAUGUCUACUAGCAGCACACGGACUAUGGAAACUGCACACCUCCUCUGGCAAACACACCAAGUAUCUCCUCCAUUUUAUAUUGGCCUGUCUACUUCUCUCCUACUCACUCAAGACUAAUCAGCGUAACAGAGAUUGGGUAUCUAACGAGCAACUCUUCAGUUCUGCAAUCCGUGUUUUCCCAGAGAAUGGUCUUAUGCUCAAUAACUUUGGGCAGGAGUUAGUCAAGCGUGGAAACAUGUCUCAAGCCAUAGCUGCUCUGAGGAGGUCAGUAGCCGUGGCCCCACACAUCACAUUGCUGCAGUUUAGCCUGGGCAAAGCUCUCAAAGAUGUGGAGGAAUAUGCAGAAGCUGAAUACUAUUUUGAUAGUGCUGUAAGAAUGGCAGCUGAAGAGCAAUCUGCUGAACUGGCUGUAAAUAUCUAUUGUGAAUAUGGGACAAUGCUAACUCGUGAGUCUAACCUCCACAACACUACUGCACUGAUGUAUGCCCUGAGGCUGUGGGAGACAGCCCAUCGGUUGCAACCAACCAACGUGAAGCAUCUACACAACAAGGGAUACGCAUUGCUCAAGCUUGGGCGCUACUCUGAGGCUAAGACAGCCCUGGAGAGAGUGUUGUCAGCGUCACCCAAUCACUAUGGAGCUACCUACAAACUAGGAGAGGCUCUGUUGGGCAUGGGCAGUGUGUUGGAGGCUGAAGGACAGUUCAGGAAUGUACUGAAACUGAAUGAAAGCGAUGUACUAGCCAAGUUCCAACUAGCAGCUCUAUUAAUGAGAGGAGGGGCCAGUGGGGAGCAAUUGAUGGAGGCUCACCAACUGUUGCUAUCGGUAACUACGUCUGAGCCGCAGAAUGAAAAUGCAAUGUUUGCUUUAGGAGUGGUUUGUUACAACCAACAACAGCUCUCCCUGGCAGAGGAUGCCUUCCUGCGCACACUCACUCUCUCCUCAACUCACUCAAGUGCCCUAUACAACCUCGGACAUAUGUAUGUGCAAUCGGGAAGGUACCGGGAAGCCAAGGAAAUGCUAGCUCGGCUGAUUGAACUCCGACCCCUACAUACACAAGGACUGGCUCAGCUAGCUGCUUGCUAUGUCUACAGUGGUGAUUAUGUAACAGCCAUGACACUGUAUGACAGAGCAAUCCAAUCGUCCAAUGGAAAGCCAGACGCUAACACUCUAUCAAACUAUGGUGUUGUUUUGAGGGAAAUUGGGCGUCUUAAGGAAUCUGAAGAGAUGCUGAUGUCAGCUCUUUCUAUAAAAGACGCAAAUAAGAAUAUUAUUUUUAAUGAACUCAAUAAAACAAGAACUCUCAUGUCAUCAUCUAUAUAGAUAGCUAGUCAAUCGUAUUAUUGCUAGAGUUUAUCUCAGGUCAUUUUUACAGUCACUUAUCUCCUUUGAAGUGUUGAGUAAUUUGUUGACUUCCUCUUGCGGUAA